GUAUAUCUGUCAUUUAACAAUUUCUGUUUUAGUUUGCAGCGACUUUAAAAAGUUUGUUUUGCAUUUUAUGCUGAGUAAACUUGAUUUAAAUUUCUUAACAAACUUCGAUUACCGAAACCGUGAGCAAUAACUAAAGUCUCAAGAUUUAUUAACAUGCCGCGAACAACAAGAAGAUCCUUUAAAACUCUGCAGCAUGCCGCUACAGACACGGAAAAUUUAGUUGGCAGACCUUCUAAAAAUUUAAAACACCAACUAUCUCAAGAGACCCUCAUAGAUGUUGAAGUAAAAAGAAAGAAUAUAGCUACUAAGGAGGUGCAAGUAGAUAUUAAAGACAAAGUAUCAGUUGAUGAUCUUACUAACCCUGAUGGGGCUUCUGAAAAAUAUUGGGAAAUUUUAGCAGAAAAGCGGCAACAAGCAUUACAUGAAGCUUUAGAUGAAAAUGAGAAGUUAAGAAAAAUUAUUGAGGACUUAAAAGAAGAAAACUCUCAAUAUAUAAAGAUGUUGGAAGAAGCCAAUAGCUUUGUUGAAGUUAUAAAGGAAGAGCUCGCUAAUUGUAGCAACAAUGACACUGGCAUUGAUGUAAAUGAUAUCAGUACAGCCGAUGAAGCAGCAGAUGAGACACAGGACAGUACUGAAGAAACAAAGACUGAAUAAAUAAUCUUCUCUGAAUCUAUCACAAAAUAUAGUUAAUAUAUUUAGUUUCUUUUGUACCUGGUUUUCAUAUUUUCUCUAAGUAAUACAAUUUUUCUUCACAAUAGAUUGGAUUGCUUAAGUUACAACCAAAGUUGAUUUUUUUUAAGUUGUCAAAAAUACUAUUUAUUACUUACCACAUUUUUCAUUUACUUUGUGUUCACUUAACUUAAAAUGCAUUAAGUUAUCAAUGGUCUAAUGCUGUUGUAAUACGGAAUUUAGUGUUUUAGGAAUUGACUUG